AUGACAGGCGACGCGCCGACGUUUGCCAAUGCGGCGGACGAGGCGCGGCACUGGAAGGCGCGCGUCGAUGAGAUGCGUACCGCCUUGCUUGAAGCGGAAAAUGGGCUGCAGGAGUUUAUGGAAAGCAGCAAAGAGCUGGAAGCGGAAAUGGAGGCUGAUAUGGCGGCCAGUCGGCAGCGCGCCGAUACGCUGCAGGCGGAAAACGAGCAGCUGCGUGCCGAUGUCGACGAAUGGCGCAGCAAGUACCAAAAGUCUAUUGCCGAGCACAAUGCGGCACUAGGCGAUCUACACACCGAGCUGUCGAAGCUUCGCGAGACGCACGAUGCGUACAAAACGCGGCUUCGCGAUAUGGAGCUAGAUAAUGAUGCCCUUGAGAAUGCUGAGCGCAUGAUCAACUCGUCGCUGGCCGACAUGGAGGCACGAUACCACAAAGCCAUGGAGCGUACGGCGCUCCUGGAAACCGAGUUGGAGGGCAAGUCACGUUUGGAAAUGGAGAACCAGCGCCUCAAAGAUGAACUGCGCGACGUGCGAGAGGAGCUGCAUGUGCAACAGGCCAAGGCCUCUGUACCUGUACCACUACCACGCUCCGAUCCUGAUGAGCUCACACUGAGCGACUUGGUCGUCCAGCGUCCUGUACCACCUUCGUCGUUGCGUCUGCCUACUGUGCCCGUUUCUGGCGGUAGCAGUAGCGGCGGCUCGACACUAGAGCGACUGCGUGAGCACAUGCAUCAGCUGCAGCAGCGGUUGCAGCAUGUCCAUACGGCGCAGGCGCCGACAACGACUUCUCAGUUUGGCCGUGCUGCGCGUAGUUCGCUGCCACGUCCACGUUCGAGCAUGUCGGCCAGCACCGGUGGCCCUCCGAGCUGUGCACAGCACAGCACAGGCCCCUCGACCAGUAUAUCGUCCCCUGUGCCAUGGCGCAGUGCGACGCCCUCGUCGUAUGGCACACCCAGCCGUUCCGAAAGCCGGAAUGGCGCCGCCGUGCGUGGGACGCCUGCGGGCAGUGGCAUCCCUGUGCCUGUGGGUGGCCUCUCACGUUCGCAGUCACGUACGCGCCCUCCCUCGCGUCUGGCGACUGAUGCGCAUCCUUCGCCAGCAGGCAGCCGAGUGCCGUACGAAUUCAUGGAGCACGAUCCUGCUGCUUCGCCCCUCUCGCGUUCCUCGUCCAUGGCGCGGCGGCGCAGUUUCGGGCCGACAUCUCUCCCUACGCCCUCGCGGCCUCGUGUGCCAUCGUCUCGUACGGCAUCGCCGACCAAGAUGCGCCCCGUCUCGCCAGGGGUCGUCUCGCCGAGCAAGACACGUCCUGUCUCUCCCGGUCUGGUCUCGCCUAGCAAACGAGCGCCUGUUCCCUGGCGGUAA